AUGGCAUCCGGAAAGACACCUGCAGAGAACAUGCUUUGGGGCGGCCGCUUCACAGGCGGCCUCGAUCCCCUCAUGCUCAAGUACAAUGCGAGUAUAGGAUACGACAAGCUCCUGUUCAAGGAGGACAUCCUCGGCAGCAUUGCAUUCGCGCGCGCCAACGCAAAGUCCGGCAUCAUCACCAACGACGAGUUCACCGAAAUCGAGAGAGGACUCCGGGAGGUGCAGAAGGAGUGGGAGGCUGACACCUUUGUCAUCAUGCCCAAUGACGAAGAUAUCCACACUGCCAACGAGCGCAGGCUCGGCGAGAUUAUCGGCAAGGACAUUGCCGGCAAGCUGCACACGGGUCGCAGUCGCAAUGAGCAGGUGGCCUGCGACAUGCGUCUGUGGCUGAACAACCAGAUCAAGGAGAUUGAGAGCCACCUGGUUGCCUUCAUUGAGGUGAUUGCCGCCCGCGCCGAGGCCGAGGUUGGCAUUCUUAUGCCUGGAUACACCCAUCUCCAGCGUGCCAUGCCCGUUCGGUGGUCGCAGCAUCUGCUGUCAUAUGGCUUCGCCUUUCAGAGUGAUCUCGACCGUCUGCGCGAGGUUUCCAAGCGCGUGAACAGGAGCCCGCUCGGUGCCGGUGCUCUUGCCGGCAACGGCUUCAACAUCGAUCGCGAUAUGAUGGCUGAGGAGCUUGGCUUCACAGGCCUUCUGUGGAACUCCAUGGGCGCCGUUGGCGACAGAGAUUUCGUCACUGAGUUCCUGCAAUGGGGUAGCAUGUUCAUGCAACAUACUUCUCGGUGGGCCGAGGAUCUCAUCCUGUACUCCUCUUCAGAGUUCGGCUUCAUUUCCAUCGCCGAUGCGUACUCCACUGGAAGUUCGUUGAUGCCGAACAAGAAGAACCCCGAUGGCUUGGAGCUGUUGCGCGGAAAGGCCGGCCGAACAUUCGGUCACAUGGCCGGCCUGAUGAUGACCCAGAAGGGUCUCCCCAGCACAUACCAAAAGGACUUGCAGGAGAGUUGGGAACCCAUGUUGGAUCACGUCAAGACCAUCUCUGAUAGUCUUCAGAUUGCACAGGGUAUUCUCGUCACUCUGACCGUCAGGCCGGAGCGGAUGAAGGCUGCCCUGGACCCCUUUAUGCUGGCUACCGAUCUUGCUGAUUAUCUCGUACGAAAGGGUGUCCCCUUCCGCGAGACGCACCACAUCUCUGGGCGAUGCGUUGCCGAGAGCGAGAAGCGAGGUAUCCCGAUGAACGAGCUCUCGCUAGAGCAACUACAGGCUAUUGACAGCCGAUUUGGGGAGGAUGUCGCGCAGACGUUUGACUACGAGAGGAGCGUCGAGAUGCGAGCAUCCAAGGGUGGUACGAGCCGGGCAAAGGUUCUGGAGCAGGUCCAGGUUCUUAAGGGCAUGCUGGCAUAG